AUGGCAAGCAGUAAACCGAGAAGUUUGCAGUGGAAACGUGAGAAAGCUUGGGUAUCUUAUUUGGUUGUGUCGGUGUUGACGUUUGCCGUGGUGCCGAGUUUCAAGAGCUGGCUGACGUUCCACUACCCGUGUGUCGAAGCUCCGGAUGAAAUUCUAUUUCUGCCGGUUCUCUACCCUUUCAAGCUGUCGCAUCAUUCAGAGGAGAGGAUGUUGUGCGGACAGGCGUACGUGAGGUAUCGUCUGCGCGGUCGGGACUUGUCGGCCGAGUGUCGGUUCUUCGUCGCCGUCGGCGUCAUCACGAUGCUCUGGUCUCUGGCUUGCAUUUUCACCGACGGGCUGGUGUUGAAGAGUCAUCGGGAGUCCAAGUCUCACGUGAUGACGGAGUUGGUUGCGGGGAUUUUAUUGGUCUUGCUAUGGAUGCUGGCCACAAUUCCCUGGACGAUUGCUGUGACCGCCUUGUUGAAAGAUGUGCAUUCCGACGGGUAUUUAUCUGCGAGAAACUGGGAUGGGCGUUUUCACAACGAGAAAGUGCGUAGUUUGGCAAACGGUGGAUUCCUGGGCCUCACUGUGUCCGUGUUCCUUGGAUUCUUGAACGUGUUGUGUUGGGCCGAGCUGGUUUGGCACGAGGUGAAAGAACUGAAAGUCUUGAGGAGCAAGGAGAUGGAGGAUGACGAGUCUAUAGAAAUGGCGAGGAAUCCGUGUGCCGGGAUGGCAAAACUCGUUUCCGUGGUUCGUGAUGAAAAUUGUUUCCAGUUCGAUCGACGCCAGCUGCCCUUGCGCAUCGACGACAACUUGAUGAUGAUCAUGCAAGUGAAAGACUCGAGCAUAACGAGUUGUGCUGCGUGCGACCGCGCCGUGGUGAAGCCGAAGGACGUGGACAAGUUCCUCGCCAAGUACGAGAAGCUGAAUGCGAAAGAGCUGGAAGCUGCCUUGAAGGUGUCGAGUCACGAUUUGUUUCGGCAAUUGGCGGCGUCGGUGCCGUGUGUUGGGUGCAGGAGAAGUGUGGAACGGCUGUUUACCGACCUUCGGGAGAGCGGGUACCCUGCCCUCGAGCCCGUGGUCGUGACCAAUGAUGCUUGUGUGGUGCUCUCGUCGGAGUUCCUGUGCGCAGGAAAAUCCCUUGCCUCGCUUUUCCAAGUUCACGGCUCAAAGCUUGGUACUAUUUUGAAGGGGCUUCUCAGGUCGAAGAAGACGCAGCGUUGCGUCCUGCACUCGUUGGACGUCCAGCGAGCCCGACCCCUCAACAACUGGCUUGAGGUGUGGGACUCGAUGAGUCGCGAGUGCAGAGACGCAGUGGUGCAAAUCCAGGCCGAGAUGCUGCAGGAGACGUUGGAGGCGUAUUUGCGGAAGCACCGGUUUUGCCUCGAGUGCCGGUCGAAGGUGUUGCGAGCCUACAGCAUUUUGGUGGGUGACGCGGAUCCGUCCAAAGAAAAGGGCUACUUGCCGUCUCUGUACGAGGGGAUCCGCAUCUGCCCGCCGCCCGAUAAACACAUCCACGUUCAGGCCUCGCCCGAGUUCAUAGACGCUCUGAUUGCUCGGGCGGAACCGGAACUCAUGGGGAACAAUUUGGAGACGGGUCGAAGAGAGAGACAUGCCAAAACAAUCGAAAUUGCUCAGGAAGAGGUUCUGACAUGCUUGGGAAUUUGUCUUUACGAGAGGUUGCACAAAAUUCAGCAAAGAACCUGCGAAGAGGAGCUCACUUGGGAGCUUCUCUUUUGCAUCUCUCUGGAGGUUCUCCAGAAAAACUUCGAAUUGGCAGUUGAGAAGAAGUUGGGGAUUAGUCAGCUGGAGCUCAUCUGCCAAGAGAUGGAGCGAGAAGAACAGGAGAAGCAGCAGCGGAAAGAGCAGAAGCGCCUGCGGAAAAAGCAAAAGAAGCAGUUGCGCGAGAAGAAACCCAACGAAUGCUCCACUGGUGACGCCAGUGUCGAGGCGUCCGCUUCGCCGUCUCCAGCUUCCUCCGUCUCCAACAGCCCUCAAACCACUUUGAAGGCGAAAAAAGUGGAGGAAGAAGGGGAAUCCGUUGUUCUAACCGCCAUUACGACGCCUGUGAUCCGGCGACGAAGUGACGGAAGUAUCACAGCGAUGGACCCCCCCAAUUGUGUGCUAGUUACUGGCUUUGAUCAUCCCGACGACGAAGACUUUGAACCCGUCAAGUCCCGGAAAACCCGCCAACAGCAUGCGAAGAAACAGGCCAAGAAUCAACCGAAAUCGCCGCGGGCGGAAAGCCUGACGUCGACAACGCGUCGGAAGCGAGGAAACCGCGGGCGACGCGGGGGCGCCUCGCGUUCGUCGGCAACAUGGAACGACCAGAAACGCGACGCGUCGACGGCAGUGGUGCACGACGGCAGUUGGGCACACGUGACAGCUGCGUCGGCAACCAAAGCAAGAACGAUUGUGACUGUCGCUGGCCCGGAAAGCGUGGUUGACCGCAAAGACCUCGUGUCGGUGCCGCCAAAGGACGACUUCGACUGCUGCUCCUCCUGCAUCUCCAGCGCGUGUAGCAACGACAUUGGCUCGUCUGAGGGCUCGGACGCCUGCUCGGAAGGAUUCUGCAAUCAUAAAAAAGACGAAUUGGAAGAAAACGAAGAGCUUGAAGACGAGAAGCCGGAUUUCGAAGACGCGUCGUUGACAGCAACUGGAAACGAGGAGGUUGUGUUUGCAACGUUACCGAAGCAGAACGUGAUGGAUACUUUGCCUCUGCCCAAGCAACACUGUCCGAUGCCCGGCUACUUGUCGCUUCUAGACCAAAUAGACGACGACGAUGGCGAAGACUUUUCAGACGCGGGAGAGUCUUUGAUUCCGCCGGACGAAAUCAGGAGCUUUGAACGGCUGGUCGGCGGCAAAGUCGAGGAGAAGCGCGCCAAACUGCGGGAGGACCUGAAGAAGCAGUUUGCUCGCUUGUGCGGCGUCAGCGACGUGGACGCCUUCCGAAAAGCCGCCCCGCCGUUUUAGUGUAUUCCAGGCGGACGUUAAUCCCGAAACACGACGUCUUGACCAUGAAAGAAAAGCGGGGUCAAGAAGAAAAGCAUGAAUACGCGGGAGGAAAGCAAACAAACGAAACAAAAGAAAAAAGUUAUGAAGUUUUUAUGAGACAGUAAGCAAUCGUAAAAGGAAAAAGGUAGAUGUGGACGGAGGAGGAGGAGUCUUUCGUGAUCUAGUGUAUUGUUUGGGAGGGGGA